CAGCGGAUCACCGAUCAAUGGAAAAGAGACAAAGGCGUCCGCUCGGUUAUGUGAUCAGCUGUGUCCAAUCACAGCUGAUCACAUGACAUGUACACAGAUCAUCAGGGCACUGAUAAUCAGUGUGCCCCUAUGAUCAGUGUAGCCCCAGUAGUGCCACCUGUCAGUGCCCAUCAAUGCCACCUGCCAGUGCCCAUCAAUGCCACACCAAUGCCACAUAUCAGUGCCUACCAGUGCACAUCAAUGCCACAUCAGUGCCCAUCUGAGCUGCCUUUCAGUGCCAACUAUCAGUGCCAGUCAGCUCCACCUAUCAAUGCCAGUCAGUGCCACCUAUCAGUGCUGCCAAUCAGU